ACUUGGCCACCUUGACUUUUCCCUCAAACCGGUUAUCUACCAUCUUUAACCUAACCAGACCGAAGUCUUUCUGUGGCACAGGAGUCUCCUCUCUUGAUGACCUCUGCGAAGUUUCAACGUAACUAAGACAAUAGAUGCUUCCAUUGGAAUCAUUCACCAUUUUCUUAAAACAUUUUUAAAAGCAGAACUUUGGCAGACACGCAAACGAUUCCCAACGGCCCCUCACCCGCCAAUACAAAACGCAAACGCAGUAGCUGACCUCAAACUUCCUCACUUAUCUUAAAUUUAAAAACAGCAUUACCUGUUUUUAGAUUUUACCUCUCUCUCUCUCUCUAGAUUCUCUCCUAAAAUCCCAAUAUUAUCUCUCCAUUUUCGUUUUUUGGGUGGCUUACCUCUAAUCUCAAAACCACCAUGAGGUUUUGCGUUUUCGGGUUUCUAUCGUUAUUCCUAAUCAUUUCUCCCGUCUCCGCAUGGUUCUUCCCCAACUCCACCGCCAUUCCACCCUCUCUACGUAACACCACACGCGUUUUCUGGGACGCCUUCUCCAAUUUCACCGGCUGUCACCACGGCCAAAACGUCGACGGUCUCUUCCGCAUCAAAAAAUACUUCCAACGCUUUGGUUACAUCCCGGAGACGUAUUCAGGCAACUUCACAGAUGAUUUCGAUGACAUCUUAAAAAACGCCGUGGAGUUGUACCAAAAGAAUUUCCGGUUAAACGUAACCGGAGAGCUCGACGCGUUAACCAUUAAACACAUCGUGGUUCCUCGUUGCGGCAACCCGGACGUUGUCAACGGUACGUCGCUGAUGCACAACGGAAGAAGAAAGACUUUCGAAGUCAACUUCUCCCCCGGCGGCAAGGUGCCUCGUUUGCACACGGUCAAACACUACACGCUUUUCCCCGGCGAGCCACGGUGGCCGAGAGACCGCCGUGACUUGACCUACGCCUUCGACCCGAGAAACCCGUUGACCGACGAGGUCAAGAGCGUGUUCGCGCGCGCGUUCGGACGCUGGUCGGACGUCACAGCGCUGAACUUCACGAACAUCGAGUCUUUCACGACCUCCGACAUCACGAUCGGAUUCUACACCGGCGACCACGGCGACGGGGAGCCUUUCGACGGCGUGUUGGGCACGCUGGCUCACGCUUUCUCGCCUCCGAGCGGGAAGUUCCAUCUCGACGCUGACGAGAACUGGGUUGUCUCCGGAGACCUCGACAGCUUCCUCUCCGUCACGGCGGCGGUUGAUCUUGAGUCGGUGGCGGUUCACGAGAUCGGUCAUCUUCUUGGUUUGGGACAUUCAUCUGUGGAGGAGUCGAUCAUGUAUCCGACGAUCACGACGGGGAAACGUAAAGUUGACUUGACGAGUGAUGACGUGGAAGGGAUCCAGUACUUGUACGAUGCUAAUCCUAAUUUUAACGGCACGUCUCCGCCGGCCGCCACCACUCGGGAACGAGAUACUGGUAGCUUUGGUGCGGCCGUGAGAAUCGACGGUUCAUCCAGGAUGACGAGUUUAAGUCUUUUGUUAUCAACCGUCGGAUUGUUCUUGUGGUUAUUACCGUAGAUUAAUUAUUUUACUUUAUUUAUUUAGAGAUUUUUGUUUUUUACCUCAUCUCUUAAUUCCUCUACAGUUUUUCUAUUCACAUGUUUCCUACCAAUGUUGAUUUUCGUGUUAUACAUUUUUUUUGUUUCCUUUGUU